CGGGUUUGGUAUACCUGAAAUUUGGCAAACGGGAGAUAACUUUUGAUGUAAACAUGUACUGCAACGUCAAGAAUUAAAGAAAUGAAAACAUCUGUUAAUGUAGGAUCUGUUUUUUGAAGACUCCUUAAACAAUGUCGAGUUUAGAAAAUUUACCAAUUGACAUUCAUUUCAACAAACUACAAGAUUGGUUAAUCAAUCGACGACACUGCAUCCAGGAAUGGCAAGCUCGAGCUGUCAUCAUAAGGGAGAAAAUCAACGAAGCCUUGACUGAUAUGCCCAAAAGUUCCCAGAUUCUGGAGCUGUUAGAAGGAACAUAUGUAACUUACUUUCACUCCAAGAAGAUUAUUGAAUUGUUGAAGGAAGAUGAAGAAUCUGGCAAAAAGAAUGUGUUUGGGCAGUACUCCUCCCAAAGAAUGAAAGAUUGGUCAGAAAUAAUAAAGUUAUAUGAAAAAGAUGGUGUCUAUCUAGGAGAGGCAGCACAAAUGUUGGCAAGAAAUGUUAACUAUGAAGUUCCUGCUCUUAAAAGACAAAUUGCAAAAUGUCAACAAAUUAAAAAGGAGUGUGAAAGAAAGCAGACAGAUUAUACCGCCAAGGCAGAGGAACUUCGGAAGAAGUAUGAUGCAACAUGUAAACAAAUGGGCAUUGAGGGUAAAAAAAUAAAAACAGAGUUAGCUGCCCUUGUUCAAGAUUUGCCUGCAGAGUUUCAGAAGAUUUCAGAGUCUGCAUCUAAGCUGACCAAAUCUGUGCAAUAUUAUGAUGAAUUCGUGGAUUUCCUCGCUAAUGAGUCAGAAACAGAUAGAGACAGCUUACCAGUGUUGAAGUAUAUAAUGGAGAAAGGAAACACGACCACAUACCAGUGGAGGACAGGAGAAAAACCAGAGGUGAUAGAGGAGGCCAAAAUCUUCAUUGACACGUCAGACGAGACAGACGUCAUGCAAGUCACAGAUGAUAUUGACUGGGGAGAUCCUGGUUCUAUGACUGAGUCUGCCAUUGAUUUUGGUGAUGAAAUAGAUUUCAGCAUGGCUGACAUUACUGUUGAAACAGGUGGCACAGAGGAGGGAGAUGAGAAUUCUGAGAUAGAUUUUGGCACCAAGGAACAUGAUAGCGAUAGCAAUGGCAUUGAUUGGAAUGAGGUGGUUAUUGUCAAUAAAACAGAUUCAGAGGGUGUUGCCAAAGGAGAAGAUGCCAUGUCAAUAUUAGACAAUCCUCGAACACGGGUUCUAUUUAUUGAUGAUUUGAUGGAGCUAGAGGCGUUUCUAUCCCAGCGUUUGUUUGAGUUGGAAUCUGACUCGGCGGGGGGAGAUGUCCUCUCCAGCAGUCAGAUGCAGGACGCCCCCUCCUCCAUACAGCUCCCUCAGGACACAGUGACGGGUAUGAUCAGCCAGGUUAGAGACAUCAUAGCAGCAUUCAGCACAGUGAAAAUGCACCACCUACUGUCCAUCAGGAACUCCCCAAGAUAUGUUGACCGAUUAAAGGAAACAUUAAAACAGAUGUUGAACUUGGCAGACAAGAUGGUGUUUCUGGAAAAAGAAAUGGUGGUUAAACACAAAGAUGCAGACGUUGAGCAAUCGGAGACGCAGCCCAAACUGGAGCUAGUCAUCAGACGCACCAAGGAAAUGCAAAAACAGAUGGAGUCGGAUAUAUCCAGGCGGUACAAGGACAGGGUAGUGAACAUAAUGGGAGAAAUCAACACAAUGUGAUUAUUCCAAAUGUCUAAACAAUUUAAAUUUGCGAUCUGACUCACGUGAGCAAUACAUGUCGCUGUAUCUGAAAUUUUGCAAAAUCAAAUAAAUUCUUAAAAUUCAUAGAUCAGUGGCAACCAAAACGCAAAAAUUUCAUGGGGUGUCAAUUUAAACAGCUCACGGCCAUAUGGACAAAAAGUUCAUGGGGUGUCAAUUGAAAAAGCUCACGGCAAUAUAGACAAUAUUAUGUAACCAGUUGUUUAAUGAUUAAUUAAGAAAGAUCAUCGGAUACGCACCAUUGAUUACACUUCCUUCCUUUCUCUAUCACCCAUGGGUCCAUUCAUACCAAUUCACUUGUUCUCAUGAAUGAUUUAUUGAAAGCAAUUUUGUCCAAUCAGCAAGUCUGACUCUUAUUUCUACGCAUUCUUUUGCACAAUAUUGUCUGGAUAGCGAGGUUAAAGUAAUACUACUUUUAAAAACAAGAGAUCUGUUCCUCUGUCAAAUCAAUAUCAAUGGACAGUAAAUUUUUAAAAAUCAUUAGUCAUGAGAACAAGAGAAUUUAUGCAUGGACAUGUGGGUGAUGGAGAGAGGAAUGAAAUGUAAUCAAUCGUGGGCCUCUGUCGAUGGUUAAGGCACCGAUUGUGAUAUUUAUAAUGAAUAAAGAGAUGGGAAGGCAA